UUUGCGCCCCUGAGACGUUGAUGUUGGAGAGCCCGUCCAACAACGGCGGCGUCCGAAUGCUGGCGCCGCCGCCAUCAUCGCCGCCACCGGGCGCCGGUGACGAGCGACGCGUCGAGUUCGUGGCGCUCACCGCCGUGCACACGGAGCGCAGCGAGCCAUCCACCCCAGAGCGCAGCUUGCCGUCGCACCGCACUGGGCUGCUGGGUACGCCGUUGCCCGGACCCCCGGGGCCCCGGGCCAGCGCGUCCCAGACCAGCAAGCGCUUCCGCAAGCUGCAAAACUACUUGUAUAACAUUCUGGAACGACCACGGGGAUGGGCCUUCAUCUACCACGUCUUCAUUUUUCUGCUGGUUUUCAGCUGCUUGGUGCUGUCAGUCUUCUCCACCAUCCCCGAACACCAAAGGGUCGCCAACCAGGGCCUUUUCAUACUGGAGUUUGUGAUGAUCGUGGUGUUUGGCCUGGAGUACUUCAUCAGGAUCUGGGCGGCGGGUUGCUGUUGCCGAUAUCGCGGCUGGCAGGGCCGGCUGCGCUUCGCCCGCAAGCCCUUCUGCGUCAUCGACUUCAUCGUGUUUGUGGCGUCGCUGGCGGUGAUUGCGGCAGGCACGCAGGGCAACAUCUUCGCCACGUCGGCGCUGCGUAGCAUGCGCUUCCUGCAGAUCCUGCGCAUGGUGCGCAUGGACCGGCGGGGGGGCACCUGGAAGCUGCUGGGAUCUGUCGUCUACGCUCACAGCAAGGAGCUGUUCACGGCGUGGUACAUUGGCUUCCUGGUGCUCAUCUUCGCCUCCUUCCUGGUCUACCAGGCCGAGAAGGACAACACCGACUUCAGCAACUACGCAGACUCCCUCUGGUGGGGCAUUAUCACAUUGACCACCAUCGGUUACGGCGACAAGAUCCCCCGCACAUGGCAGGGUCGUCUGCUGGCGGCCGGCUUUGCUCUCCUGGGCGUCUCCUUCUUUGCCCUACCCGCUGGAAUUCUGGGCUCGGGCUUUGCCUUGAAAGUUCAGGAGGAGCACCGCCAGAAGCACUUUGAGAAGCGCCGCAUGCCAGCCGCGAACCUCAUCCAGGCGGCGUGGCGUCUGUACUCGACCGACGCCAAGCACUCGUACCUGACAGCCACCUGGUACUUCUACGACAGCAUGCUACCUUCCUUCAGAGAACUGACGCUACUGUACAGUCACCUCCAGCGGCAGCGGAACGCCAGCAAGAAGGCGCCGCCGCCGCCAUACAGCGCCAACUUCCAUCACACGCAGCUGUCAGGGCUGCGGCCCUACAGCGCCCCCUAUAUGUCGGGGGACAGGAGGCCAGAAGCGCCGUGCAGCAGUAAACUCGGCUUCCGGGACAGGAUCCGGAUGAACAACUCCCGCUCGGCGCAGGUGAUCCGCGGCAAGGCGUCGUCGCCCCAGGCGCCGGGUCCGGCUGUGAGGCGCUCGCCCAGCCAGGAGAACGUCCCCGACGCGGCCAGCCCCGGGAAGGUGCAGAAGAGCUGGAGCUUCAAUGACCGCACUCGCUUCCGCACCUCGCUGCGGCUCAAGGCCCGCCCCCCCGUAGAUGUCGAGGUACCGGGUGAGGACGGCGUGGAGGACAGAGGCUACUGCGACGUGGCCAUGGACGAGGUCAUUCCAGCCGUCAAGACGCUCAUUCGAGCCGUCAGGAUUUUGAAGUUCCUGGUGGCCAAGAGGAAGUUCAAGGAGACGCUGCGUCCAUAUGACGUCAAAGACGUCAUCGAGCAGUACUCGGCGGGACACCUGGACAUGCUGGGCCGCAUUAAGAGCCUGCAGAUGCGGGUGGACCAGAUCAUCGGGCGAGGCGCCGUCCAGGCCGACAAGAAGGCACGCCUGGAAAAGGGCGAAAAGACGCCGCUGGAACUGGACUCCCUGGACGAGCUCAGCAUGAUGGGACGCGUGGUCAAAGUGGAGAAACAGAUUCAGUCCAUCGAAAACAAGCUGGACCUUUUGCUCAACUUGUACUCGACGUGCCUGAAGAAAGGCUCGUCUUCGCAGCUGGCGCUGUCCUCGCUGCUGCUGGAUGCCGAGAUGACGUCGGACUACCACAGCCCGACCGACCAAAGAGACCUCUUCCCCUCGGCCAACACGCUCUCGCAGUCCGACAGCGCCGCCCUGGAAUCCUAGCCAGACCUUUAUUUUGGGUGGGGGAGGGGAGGGGGGGGGGCUGAGAGCCAGGCGUGCACCCCUCUUGAGGAGCAACGCUCACUUGUCCCUCAAGGUACACUGAACAGGAAUCACACAGGUAAGGUCUCCAGCUGAAUAGCAGCAAAACAAAAAUCCUCUUUUCAGGAUACUGUGAUGAAUGUAAGGCUCUAAAAAAAAGAACUGAUGGGACCAUGUUUGGCAUCAUGCACGCACACUGGAGCCACGUUUGCGUAUUUGUGGCAUCCGAGAACGAUGUUGCAUGUGGUAAGACGAAUGCGCUUGUCAGGGCGGUGCUUGUUAGGGUGACGCGUGCCUUCAGUCGCGCCGACUCCGUCUUCUCUCGAAGGACCCACACGUGGACGUAAUUCUGUUGUAAAUAUGAAGGAAAUUUAAAAAAGGCAAAAAAUGAAGAUAGCACAAGUGACUUGUCGAAUUGAUCGUUGAAGGUAGCCCUGCACUGUUAACUAUCGGGAUCCAAUCAAAUAACUCUAAAUUCUUCGUAAAUGCCGUGCCACAACCAAUUACGGUAUAGUUGCUGCGCUGUCAUAUUUUGCUUAUUGGACCUUGAUUAUUUGAUUUUAUUGAUACUGAAUGUGGAUUAAUGAAUUAAAAACGUGCAUUUAUGCUAACAAACAUUACUUUGCAUAAACCCAGAUUUUGGCAAAUUAAUUCUCCCUGAUAACUAUUUCAGGUAUUUUUUUUUAAUUGUCUUCAUUUACUUAAGAGAAAAAUGUGUAUUGUUCCACACCCGCAGUUGAGUCAAUCAAUACCCAUAGCUUUUAUAUUUUAUUUGAUUGGAUCUCGUACUGUCUAAGCAAGUGUGCCUCAUGAAAUGGAGAUGACCAAUCCUGACACAGCGCAUGGCGCAACUACCUCUGAGGCCACUGGAGGGCGCUAAAAGCGUGCGAGAGCGAGCGAGCAAUUGCCCCCCUAAAUACAUUAGCAUGUCUGUCUUUCUUUUUCUUUUUUUCUUUCUCUGCACGUUUGAUCGCUCAUUACAUCACCCCCCCGCCACCACCAUCACUGACUUGCCGCCAAUUUGACAUUCCAGCUCCACAGUCCUUCCAAUAGUGAUCACACCGAUUAAAGCAAUAAAAUGCUAAGCUAGCGAUGCUAAGCUAGCGAUGCUAAGCUAGCGAUGCUAAACUAGCGAUGCUAAACUAGCGAUGCUAAGCUACGCUACAACAGUCUUCCACCUUCCAGCGAUGUCGCCCAUUUCCGCACUGAUGAUGAUGAUGAUGAUGAUGUCGUGCAUCUGCCGAAAGUAGAAUUAGCUCACGUCUUAUUAAUUUAUUUGUUUCAAUAAAAGAUUUUUAGAAUCUA